AUGGUUCGCCCCAGCAUCAAUGACUUUCGCCGUCAACCCUCUGCAAUUCACUACCAAACGUUCCCCACCCCUCCUCCAAAAUCCAAGGGACAACCUCCUUCGAACGCUUCCUCAACAGAUGCAUUGUACCGCCACCAACGAGCGUCCUCUCACGAGUCAGAGGAUGCUUCCCCAUUACCAGUGAAACAAUUGUGUGUCCUGGCAUUUAUCUCGCUCUGUGAGCAGACUGCCUUGAAUAGUAUCGGCCCCUAUCUUCCAAAAAUGGCUUCCACAUUCCCAGAGGUAGGCCCGGGACAGGUUGGCCUCUACGUUGGUACCAUCGCUUCGACGUUCGCUCUUGCCCAAUUCACCACCAAUUUCUUCUGGGGGUGGCUCUCGGAUCAGAUUGGCCGCAAACCCGUCGUUCUGUUGGGAACUCUGAUCACAGCUGCUUGUUUCUUGGCCUUCGGCUUCGUUAGGACCUUAUGGCAGGCGGUAGUAGUGCAAGUGAUCAUGGGCUUGGGCAACGGAAAUCAAGGAGUCGUGAGCACGUGCUUGGGAGAGAUCACGGAUCGAAGUAAUCAGAGUCGUGCCUUCAUAUACCUUCCUAUCAUAUACGGUCUGGGUGGAAUCACAGGGCCCGUGCUGGGUGGCUUGCUCGUAGCUAGGGACGCACAUUUUUCCACCAGAAACCCCUAUCCUUACCUGAGGCCAAAUCUGGUGGCUGUUGGUGUUCUGGUCGUCGACCUAAUUGUCAGCAUGAUAUUUCUCGACGAAAGUCUAGAAGAAGCCAGGAAGCUGCCACCUCUGGGCAAACGAGUGGUCAAUGGCUUCUCGCAGGUGUGGCAAUUUGCAAAAUCGUCAAGGACAAGUCUUGUCAACGCGCCAAAUGGCUCACACAAGCCAUCGUACGGCGAGGAUUCGGCUCUUCUGGGAGACGAUACUGAUUCAGACGCAGACUCAGAAGAGUCGAUUCCAGAAUUUUUACCGCAUCGAAACUCUGAGCAUUCGUCCUCCCAUAUUUUCCGUCGCGAUACUGUCUUAUUGUUAACUACGUACUUGAUUUUUCAGUUCUCAAACAUAUCAUACAACGCUUUAUAUCCUAUCUUCGGGCAAGCAUUGCCCCUCGCGGACGUGAUUUAUCACCUGGAGAAAUCGGAUUCACGCUCGCUUUUGCGGGAGCUGCAACCAUCGUUUUUCAACUCGGAGUUUUUGGGAGAGUGA